CAGUUUCGUGCCCUCUCGCUCACCAUGAGAGAAACUGUACUUGGCAACGCGCCAAACCCAGGACAGUGGGCCGCAACUCAAGCCACCAAAGGGAGCAGAGUUUACUGGAUCAGAAGAUGAUCACGCAUAGAAAGACACGGACGGGUUGCGUCCAGUGCAAGAAACGCAGGAUCAAGUGCGACGAAACCAAACCAAUAUGUGAGAAAUGCAGGAGGACAUCACGAGAAUGCAGUUUCCAGAAUCCUCAGCCAGAUACGAGUAUACGUUCUGGAGAGAGUUUUACUUUGAAGGAAAUGGAACUACUGCACCAUUUCGUCACCCACACAGCAAAGACACUGGCGGACCAGACUGAGCAUCAACACAUCUGGCAAACAACAGUCGUCCAGAUUGCCUUCAAGCACAAGUUUUUGAUGCAUGGAAUCCUUGCGGUAGCUGGUCUUCACGUGUCGGUUACGCGUCAAUCUGAAGAAGACGACCUCUCGAUAUUGGCCGCCAAUCAUCAGGAUCUAGGCUUGCAAGGCUUCAGGUCAGCCCUGGAAAACUUCAACUCGGAGAAUUGUCAGGCUGUAUUUGCUUUCUCAAUACUGGUCGUGUGCUACAUCAUUGCAUCAUCCGGCACGCGCAUCAACCCGAAUUUGACCACCGAAAGCUUCUUCAAUGAGGUUCUGUUGGUCGCCGUUGUGGACUGGAUCCGCUUAUUCAGAGGCUCUGAUCAAAUUGCUCGUCGUGGCAGAAUAUGGCUGGAACAAGGUCCUCUUGCACCGCUACUCGUAGACGGACCAUUUUGCCAGAUAAUAAAGCCUGUUGACGAAGAGGCCAUCAAAGAAGACGAAUAUCUGGCCAACCUACAACAGCUAUGGCACCCUGGCAGCCCUUCGUCCAUUCAGGGCAUUGGUGGCGAGGAGGCAGUUAUAUACGACGAAGCCCUACACUAUCUACGAGAAGCUUACGGCCGUAUGAGCAGAGCCACAGCACCAGCCAACAACUGCACAUGGUGCUAUAAGAAAUCAGCAGAUACCGACGAACCUCACACAUGCAUUUCGCCGAUAAUCGCUGGCUUGUAUUGGUUUAUGCAAGUUCCGACCGAAUUCUUCGAGAUGCUAGAGCAACACAAGACGGUCGCUCUGAUCCUCUUACUACACCAAGCAGUUCUCAUCAAACGGAUAGGAAACCUUUGGUGGAACAGGACACCUGCAGUCAAAGUCGCGAGUUCUGUGUCUUCGACAAUGUCUUCAGAAUAUCAUGCUUGGCUCGAAUGGCCUCUUCAACAGAUUGGUUACACGCCUCCUCAAAGCUGAGAGAUCUUGAACUCCGACACGAAACGUCCACCCACCCAGGAAAGCAAGACACAACACUCCACUCCUCCGAUCCACUCACGCGCCGCUCGUGAGUAUGCUCCUCAAGAUACCGUGUCUGGUUUCAACUGCAGAAGCAACGAAUAACGUCAAACAUGACCAGAGACUAGACACGACUAUACGAAGCUCAAGCUGACGGAGGUCCAUUCCGAGUCGAACGCUUUAUAGCAGAAAAAUGUGCUUCUGGGAAGAGGUGGUUGUCAUUAACUUGGCGACCUCCCAUGAGCCGAAGUUCAUCGCUUCGAACCUUCCGCUGCAGCGACACGCAGUGAGCCACCUACCGAUGCAUCUUUGGGUC